GUAAAGUAACGGCUGUUACUCUUUCUAAUUUGUUGCUGACGAAUUCUCCGUUUCGAUGUACUGUAGGUUCUGUAGGUACUGGGGAUCAUAUUGGUAAUAGACCACACAAACCUUUUUUGGCAAUGCUUAUCGGCCACAGACCCUUCCAAAAUUUGUUUGGUCAUGCGGAUGCAUCGUCGGAAACUACAUCGGAAAAUGGACCUGAAUCUUCACGACCUGGUAUAUUUAACAACAUUAUAUCAAGUUUUACCAACAUUUUACCUUCUCCACAAGAUGUUGGACAAGGAUUAGGAAAUGGAAUUGCUUCAUUUAUACAAACCAUACCUCAAAUAGGACAAAGCUUCCAAUCACUGUUGCCAGAUUUAAAUAAUUUUCAACUACCUUUUUUUGGCGGCUCUACAGCACAAAAUUUUCCGAAUCCAAUAACAAAUGUCAACAAUGGACUUCCCAGUGACGAAUUUAAGCCUGUUAACGAAAAUCAUGAUCCUGUUACAGAUCCUUACAAAAAUCGGUUUCAGCAUGGUUAUUACAGAAAUUAUGAGCAAUCAUUAAAUGGGGAUAGUUACAAAAAAGAAAAUAUUAACGAAGAAAGGUCACUCAACCCUCAAAGUGCAAAUGUUCAACAAAAAGUUCACGUGAAUAGAAUACGUUUUCCAUCCUAAAUAUUUCUCUUGUGAAUACUUGAAAAAUAUACUAUUAAUUAGUUAGAUAAGUUAAAUCAAAGUAUCAGUGUAAUAAAAAGUUCUUUCUCACAUAUGAGUUCUUAAUUGUAAGUAUUGGUGUACAUAGUU